AUGGAUAACGGCAGUCAGCUCGAGGCCGGUGGACUCGGCAGUGGUCCUGACUGGUCGCCAGUAGCCCCCGAUGCAAGUCGUCGAGCUUGCGAUGCUUGUCGUGCUCGCAAGGUUCGUUGCGACAGAGAGUCGCCUUGCGCCCACUGCAUCAGCGCCAAAGUUGUUUGUGUCUACACUCCCGUCCCAGCUCCAAAGAAGCGCACGCGCAUUCUCCUCACCCCACAAUACGAACGAAAGAUAGACCUCAUCGACAGCAGGCUUGAAAGGGCAAUCGGGCUUUUGGAAAAGCUCCGAGCGAGCGAGUCGUUCAACGAAAGCUCUCGGUCAGCCGGAAAUUCACGAGCUGCUGACCAGGCACCCUCCUCUAUAUCGAUACCAGCCAGCGACUCGACCCAACUGAAAAGGGCCCAUGGGCAGGUGGUCGAGGGAGAAUCUUCUUUAUCAGCUCACUCUGCCUUUGCCAACGAGUUCUUGCAGAAGGUUGCCGCCACCGACUCACUGCAGGUUUCCAGUCCCGAGUUAUGCGACACUAUUGAUGAACUGUCUUCUAUACUCACGAAGGAAGCUGUUGCAGAUAAUGAGCUAGCGUAUCCACAUGCCAGGCCCAUCCGGGUGGUCAAUCUCCCAGAAAGUGAGAUGCCUCCCUUCAAAAAGGCCAUUGCUUUAAUUCGUCUUGCGAAAGUACCACAGCCAACUACCAAUGAUUCUAUUCCUGAGGCGGUUCUAGCCUACUUCGUUCUAUCUAUCGAGACUGCCCGUUGUCAGGGCAAUAUUUACGAGAUGCUGUAUGCCCCCAAAUCCACGACACAACCCGAUGAGGUAAAGCAAUCUCGGGUCGAGGCUUUAUUGUCUGAUCUACAGACCCUGGAUGAAAAGGUUUGGGAAACAAACAUGAAAUGGCACCAAGAAGCAAGGAAGGAGUCUGGUGAAGAUUUGAUAGACUUCUUUUACAUUUCAGAUAAGGUCCUUCGACUAUCCCUCCUUACACUUGUUCAUCGGGCCGCGCCACCCAUUCCAGGCUCUACCACGACCUUCAACUACAACUGUGUCGCCACUGCAAGAGCCACUUUGGAGAAACAUGAAGAAUGCGUAGCACACAUGCAUAAGAGCGCGACACCCUACCUUGCGACUUACAUACACUGGACACUUUUAUUCGCUCCCUUUAUUCCAUUCAUUGUCAUAUUCUGUCACGUUAUCGAAACCCAGGAUGAUGCGGACCUAAACCGCCUCCAAGCCUUUGUUGCUUCCAUCCAGUCUGCGUCUUCUGUUUCUGAUCCCGCCGCCAAGAUUCAACGCCUAUUCGAAGUUCUCUGCAGAAUCGCUGUGGGUUAUGUGAAGUUCCGCUGUUCAUCAUCGCCAGUGGACGCAUUUCAUGACAGCUCAAAGAUAGAUGGCUAUCUAGACGCGCUGGGAUUCUCCUCCACCAGUAGUGGCAUCCCUGGCAGACAAGAUCCUUUCAUUGCUCAGCAUGAUAGCAGCAAUGAGGGGGUGGGCAGUGAUGGUAGGAGAACUGGUCCAGAUCAGUUUAAUGGUGAUCUGCGAGCGAUGAACCCGAUGAUGUGGAUAGCGAAUAGCGCUGAGUUGGAGGAGUGGCUGGGAAACAUGUGUCUGUUCCCUGGCAUGUUUCGCUUAUUGCGCCGUCCUCCCGUGCACAAGAGGCCCAUAUCGUGGCAUCUCAGACGUUACAUUACCAUCUCCAUUUGUCCCCACGGUCUCCAUGAUAUCUGUUAUGAGGGAGUCAAAGCGUGA